GGCGACGGAAGUGGGAACGCAUGGGUGGCUCUGGGUAGUGGGUACCCCAUAGGCGGGACCGGCGACGCGGGCCGCCGGGUCUGAGGUCAAGUGCGGGUCUCCGGGCGGCCGGUGUCGGCGCCCCGAGGCAGAGGCCCAACGGGGCGCGCGCCGCUGGGAAGUGCCGGCGGGAGCCCGGGGCGCCUGCACCCGCUGCCCGCCCAGCCGCCUCUCAGCUCCGCGUUCUCGCCUGCCGCGUCCGGCCGAGCCGCCCUGGAGAGUGUGUCCAGAUGCUGACCCAGCUGCCUCAGGGAAUCCCUCUGGGAGACUGAAGGGCAGGCUCCUGGGCCAGGUUAAGGCCAAACCAGCCCUGAGCCUUAGCACAGGGGAAUGGCAGCCUCCCUGGAGCCUCAGGACCAGGCCACUGGGGAGGGAGAAGGGCUUCUGAUCGUGAAGGUAGAAGAUUCCUCCUGGGAGCAGGACUCUGUCCAGCAAGAGGACAGCCAAGAUUCUGAGGCCUGCCGCCAGCGCUUUCGGCAGUUCUGCUAUGGGGAAGUGGAUGGGCCCCACGAGGCCUUCAGCCAGCUCUGGGAGCUCUGCUGUCGCUGGCUGCGACCUGAGCUGCACACCAAGGAGCAGAUCCUGGAGCUGCUGGUGCUGGAGCAGUUCCUGAGCAUGCUGCCUGGGGGCGUCCAGGCCUGGGUGAGAGCGCAGUGCCCGGGAAGUGGCGAGGAGGCCGUUGCCUUGGUGGAGGACCUGCAGAGGCAACCAGGGAAAGCAUGGCCACAGGAAGCAUCCUCAGAGGAGGUGGAGCCCAAGGCUGCUGUCCAGGGACCCCAGGCCAAGGGGCCACCCCUGAAGGUGGGUGCACGAAGCCGGCUACCUGUACCCUGGGAGCAGCACAGCCAUGGUGCCCAGCUUCCUGCGUUUCUGAAAGAGAGGUGUGCCCGAGAGACGACAGACACCUGCUUCGCCUUGGGGGUCCCUGGACCUGUGACCUUUGGAGACAUUCCCUUCUAUUUCUCCCGGGAAGAAUGGGGCUCCCUGGACCCUGCUCAGAGAGAUCUCUUCUGGGACAUCAAGCGGGAGAGCUCCCGGGAUGCUGCCCUGGGUUUGGGGCCCAAGAGCCAAAGCCAGCGGUCCCAGCUGGAGGAGGCGGUGCCGGCGCUCCCGAGCCAGGAGGGCGGCGAUGGGGGUGUGUCCUGGAGCCCCGAGGUGGCCGAGGCCUGGGAGGGCGAGGCCCGGCCGGGGGCGUCCGGGGGACGGGCGGGGGGCGCGCGGCGGGGGCGGCCGCCCACGCGUCGGCGGCAGUUCCGGGACCUGGCCGCCGAGAAGCCGCACAGCUGCGGCCAGUGCGGCAAGCGCUUCCGCUGGGGCUCCGACCUGGCGCGCCACCAACGCACGCACACAGGCGAGAAGCCGCACAAGUGCCCGGAGUGCGAGAAGAGCUUCCGCAGCUCCUCGGACCUGGCGCGCCACCAGGGCGUGCACACCGGCCAGAAGCCCUUCUCCUGCUCCGAGUGCGGCAAGAGCUUCAGCCGCAGCGCCUACCUGGCCGACCACCAGCGCAUCCACACGGGCGAGAAGCCCUUCGGCUGCAGUGACUGCGGCAAGAGCUUCUCGCUGCGCUCCUACCUGCUGGACCACCGGCGUGUGCACACCGGGGAGCGACCCUUCGGCUGCGGCGAGUGUGACAAGAGCUUUAAGCAGCGUGCGCACCUCAUCGCCCACCAGAGCCUGCACGCCAAGAUGGCCCAGCCCGUGGGCUGAGGGUGCAUGGGCGCCGGCUGGAGCCGCCCAGCCUGGAGGGGGCCCCUGGGGAAGAGCAGCGGCACGGCCGCCUCCCCCUCCCCCAGCCCGUCCGGGCUGCUAGCCUGCUCUGCCCUGGUACCGGCCAACGCUCCCCAGGAAUAGAAAAACCCCGUGGUCAGCUUGCCAUUCCCCUUCCUCCUCCUGGGGUUCUCUUGCCCCCCGGCUUCCUGGGGCCCCAGCAUGUUCCUGGUCAGUGGCCUUAGCGUGGGAGAAAGGCUAGCAAGUGUGAGGGCUCCAGCAGGGCCUGGGGUCCCCGUCCAAGGGCUCCCCUCACCCUUGUUUACCCUGUGGCUCUUAUUUCCUGCCUUCUUGGCUGGGUCCAUGGGCCAGGCGCUCUGUCCUGCCCACCUGUGCUUUCUGGAAGGGAUGGAGGACAGAUCUUUACCCGCAGGGCACUGUUGGGCUCUGGGAGGGCCAGUCAGCCCACACCUAUGAGGAUGUGGUCCUGGGUGCGGCCAUAGGGGCUUUCUGGCCGCCACCCCACAUUUCCAGGCCAUGACCACUGCCCUGCCUCAGCAGUGGGGAAGCUGCCUGCCUCUGCGCUUGGCUGAAUUACCCCCUGGUGAGUGAGAGCCACUACUGCCAGUCUAGUGAGAGGGGUGGUGGCCCCAAGGACAGACGCUGACUGCAGGCCAAAAACAGGGUUGGCAGAGGCUCCCCACUGCUCCCCACUGCUCCAGAGGCAUGGGGCUGGUGAUACUUAACACUAGCACUCUGUCAGCUCCGUCGCUGACUUCCUAGGCACUGCAUUCCACGGUGUCAUCUGCAUCACAGCAGAUGGGCAUUCGCAGGGACAGACCACAGGCCCCCCAAGGGAGCUCGGCCCAGCUGGCCUCAAAAGGGCAGCAGAAGGGUUUAAAUAAAUGUGGAAAAUUC